AUGAAGCUGACAGACGCUUGCCGUCGGCUGUAUAAGCGUGCAACUAUUAAUUUUCCUUACAUGGACCAUUACAAAUAUGAUUAUUAUCGUGAGCCCGUGCUUAAAGAAAAAGUUUCGGGAAGAGGCGAGAAGGAACCACGGGCUGUUUGCGUUGAGGAAAUGACCAUGAUGUUGAGCUGUUUAAAAAACAAUGAUUUCGACCAGAAACCGUGCACGCAACUGAUUGAAGCGUUUCAAUCCUGUGUCACAUUAGCAGAGCAAAGGAGGGCCAAAAUCAAAGAACUGAAAAAGAGUGGUGUUUUCGAAAACGCAGAUGAUGUCAUGGAUUCCCCCAGGAAACGUCUUCCCGCUGCUCACGUGAUCAAACUGCUAAAGCAUGAUGAUGAUGAUGAUGAUGAUGAUGAUGAUGAUGAUGAUGAUGAUGAUGAUGAUGAUGAUGAUGAUGAUGAUGAUGAUGAUGAUGAUGAUGAUGAUGAUGAUGAUGAUGAUGAUGAUGAUGAUGAUGAUGAUGAUGAUGAUGAUGAUGAUGAUGAUGAUGAUGAUGAUGAUGAUGAUGAUGAUGAUGAUGAUGAUGAUGAUGAUGAUGAUGAUGAUGAUGAUGAUGAUGAUGAUGAUGAUGAUGAUGAUGAUGAUGAUGAUGAUGAUGAUGAUGAUGAUGAUGAUGAUGAUGAUGAUGAUGAUGAUGAUGAUGAUGAUGAUGAUGAUGAUGAUGAUGAUGAUGAUGAUGAUGAUGAUGAUGAUGAUGAUGAUGAUGAUGAUGAUGAUGAUGAUGAUGAUGAUGAUGAUGAUGAUGAUGAUGAUGAUGAUGAUGAUGAUGAUGAUGAUGAUGAUGAUGAUGAUGAUGAUGAUGAUGAUGAUGAUGAUGAUGAUGAUGAUGAUGAUGAUGAUGAUGAUGAUGAUGAUGAUGAUGAUGAUGAUGAUGAUGAUGAUGAUGAUGAUGAUGAUGAUGAUGAUGAUGAUGAUGAUGAUGAUGAUGAUGAUGAUGAUGAUGAUGAUGAUGAUGAUGAUGAUGAUGAUGAUGAUGAUGAUGAUGAUGAUGAUGAUGAUGAUGAUGAUGAUGAUGAUGAUGAUGAUGAUGAUGAUGAUGAUGAUGAUGAUGAUGAUGAUGAUGAUGAUGAUGAUGAUGAUGAUGAUGAUGAUGAUGAUGAUGAUGAUGAUGAUGAUGAUGAUGAUGAUGAUGAUGAUGAUGAUGAUGAUGAUGAUGAUGAUGAUGAUGAUGAUGAUGAUGAUGAUGAUGAUGAUGAUGAUGAUGAUGAUGAUGAUGAUGAUGAUGAUGAUGAUGAUGAUGAUGAUGAUGAUGAUGAUGAUGAUGAUGAUGAUGAUGAUGAUGAUGAUGAUGAUGAUGAUGAUGAUGAUGAUGAUGAUGAUGAUGAUGAUGAUGAUGAUGAUGAUGAUGAUGAUGAUGAUGAUGAUGAUGAUGAUGAUGAUGAUGAUGAUGAUGAUGAUGAUGAUGAUGAUGAUGAUGAUGAUGAUGAUGAUGAUGAUGAUGAUGAUGAUGAUGAUGAUGAUGAUGAUGAUGAUGAUGAUGAUGAUGAUGAUGAUGAUGAUGAUGAUGAUGAUGAUGAUGAUGAUGAUGAUGAUGAUGAUGAUGAUGAUGAUGAUGAUGAUGAUGAUGAUGAUGAUGAUGAUGAUGAUGAUGAUGAUGAUGAUGAUGAUGAUGAUGAUGAUGAUGAUGAUGAUGAUGAUGAUGAUGAUGAUGAUGAUGAUGAUGAUGAUGAUGAUGAUGAUGAUGAUGAUGAUGAUGAUGAUGAUGAUGAUGAUGAUGAUGAUGAUGAUGAUGAUGAUGAUGAUGAUGAUGAUGAUGAUGAUGAUGAUGAUGAUGAUGAUGAUGAUGAUGAUGAUGAUGAUGAUGAUGAUGAUGAUGAUGAUGAUGAUGAUGAUGAUGAUGAUGAUGAUGAUGAUGAUGAUGAUGAUGAUGAUGAUGAUGAUGAUGAUGAUGAUGAUGAUGAUGAUGAUGAUGAUGAUGAUGAUGAUGAUGAUGAUGAUGAUGAUGAUGAUGAUGAUGAUGAUGAUGAUGAUGAUGAUGAUGAUGAUGAUGAUGAUGAUGAUGAUGAUGAUGAUGAUGAUGAUGAUGAUGAUGAUGAUGAUGAUGAUGAUGAUGAUGAUGAUGAUGAUGAUGAUGAUGAUGAUGAUGAUGAUGAUGAUGAUGAUGAUGAUGAUGAUGAUGAUGAUGAUGAUGAUGAUGAUGAUGAUGAUGAUGAUGAUGAUGAUGAUGAUGAUGAUGAUGAUGAUGAUGAUGAUGAUGAUGAUGAUGAUGAUGAAAGCAUUGGUCACCAAUGUCUUGUUCAUCACCCGCAAUACAACUGGACUAAUUCUUAG